AUGAAAACCUCAGGAAUGAAACUCUUGAUAGCUGUUGUAAUAACAGUGGUUGUCUUGGCAACAAGCGCGUCGUCAACGAAAGACGUACGAGUUAUAUGCAACUACAAAAUUUCGGGUAAGAAAUGCAGUGACUGUUGCGGAAGAGCUUAUACUCAUUGCAAGAUAUAUUGUAAAAACUUGGGUUGUGACCCUUAUCAACCGCAUGUAUGCGACGUAAAAAACAGCAACAAGUAUUUCAUGUAUUCAUUCAACGCAAAGGGUUGCUCAACAUGCACGGAUAACAGGCGACGUAGUUUCGAAAGUAACGAUCCUUCAGCUGUUGUCAAUUAG